UGUGUGUGUGUGUGUGUGUGUGUGUGUGUGUGUGUGUGUGUGUGUAUGUGUGUGAAUGAAACAGCAUCGAACGGAUCGACAAACUGAGCUGCUAGACCGGUCGUAAAGUCUAUGACUUGAUCUACAGCUGCCUCGCGCUCCCAAACGAUCAGCAUGUGACGAACGGUAGAGAAAACGGCGUCGAAAAAUGCGUCGUCGCUUGCAAACAAUUUCGCACUAAGAUGAACAAGUUUCUGUGGCAGCUUUUUGUGAGAGUAAACGUUGCGUUGCACCUCAGCAAACACCGCUGCUAUUUCACUCAUCUUCUCGACUUGGCGCCAGAGCUUCAAAAUUUGAAAUAAAAUGUGCAUGCGUCAUUGUGAGACACUCUGCUCCCCACACUAUGACAACUCAGCCGCUGUUGGUCCACGACUGCUUAUUAGUCAGAGUAUAAAGUCUGCUUAUUUUGCAGCUGACCUCUAGAUCUAGAGGCCGUUUCACUAUCCGUCACCUGUGGACACGUCCAGUAGCCAAUGAGCGUGUGACUGUCAGAUUGCGGAUUUGUUGUCUUAAUCGACUGUUUAUACUGUAACAUAGUGAUUGUAUUAUGAGUGAUUGCUGUUGCUGUUUUCGAUGUGAUGAAAGUUUCAUUGAAUGAUCUUGAACUUUUAUGAAAUUUUAUGUUUGUUUAGUUGUCUCUCAGAUGGAACUGCACCUGCUGUGAGUUGAUACAUUUUGUAGACUUUAGCAUAUUUGCAUUGGUGUGUGUGACGAUUUGGGCAAAAGAACAGCAACAUGAGAUGUUAGACAGGAAGGUGGAAGGGGGAGGAUGGUAAUGGGAAAGUAUUUGAGACCAUGUUUGGUAGAUGACCUUUGCACACAUUAGAUUAGGUGGAAAUGUUCUAUUUCAGACUAGAACGCAACUCCCCCUCGGAUGUGAGGGUGUGUGAGGAGGAGUAUAUAAGAGCAAGCUCACCAGCUCACUUCAUCAGUAACGAGGAUAUCGGUCAUCAUCAUGUUUUCAUUUUUUGUGACAGUUCUUGUGCUCAUUCAAGUCAUUGCUACUUCUGGUGGUCAAAGUGUGUCAGAUGAGAGAAAUCAGCAGACAUGUGUGUCUGCUGGUGUUCCUGGAGUACCUGGAUUACCUGGACGAGAUGGAAUGAAAGGAGGAAAAGGAAUGAAGGGAGAGAAAGGAUUAGUUGGAGAUGUCGGCAGCAGUAAAGGUAAUGCUGGGAAGAUAGGUCCACAAGGAAUGAGAGGAGAACAAGGUAGGAAAGGAGAAACAGGAAGUAAGGGAGAAAAGGGAUUAGUUGGAGAUGCUGGUACACAAGGAAUAAAUGGAGACGAAGGAAGGAAAGGAAUAAAGGGAGAGAGAGGAUUAGUUGGAGAUGUCGGUAGUAAAGGUAAUGCUGGAGAAAGAGGUCCACAAGGCCCACAAGGUCCAGAAGGUCUACGAGGAAUAAAAGGAGAAACAGGAAGGAAAGGAGAGAAAGGAGAAGCUAUGACACUUAACUGGAAACAGUGUGUGUGGUAUAGAAAUGAUUGGCAGAAUAUCGGUCUGAUUCAGAACUGUAAUUUUAGGAAACAUGACAGCAAUUCAGCUCUACAUGUUGCAUAUGCAGGAACUCUCAGGGUUCGAUGCAGAAGUGGUGCUUGCUGUUCUCGAUGGUAUUUUACAUUCAAUGGUAACGAGUGCAGUGGACCUAUGACUAUUGAGGGAAUUGUGUAUAGUAGAAUAGAUGAUGAUCCUCACCGUCACAGACAGAUUGAGGGAUACUGUGAGAACAUUCCAGCAGGUCAAGUCACAAUUGGAUUCAACAUUGGAAUCUGUAACAAAUGGACAUCAACAACGUAUGAUGGUGCUACAGGAUGGCGCUCAGUAUCUCGCAUUAUGAUUGCAGAAGUUCCUCCAUCACAAAAGUGACUGAAUUAGAGAGAAAUUAGAACUUGUGUUCAGUAUAGUUUGCAGUACGUACAGUACGAGGUAGCUGAAGUAGGAGGCUGGAUGGUGGGCGUGCAUGUCUCUCUUUGCUGUAUGUGAGUGUUUGUAUGAUUAAUUCAAUGUGUAGCUGCAACUAACAAUUGAUAUCGUCUGUCAAAGUU